UAACCCCUAUCUAGAGAUCAUUGUCAAUCAGACGGAGCUGGAGUCGAUCAAUCCUUUUCUACUUGUGAACAACUUAGUGUAAAUUUGUGUAAAUAUAAUUAAGCUACAAAAAUGGCACGUGUGCUUGUUGGAGUAAAGAGAGUUAUCGACUAUGCAGUCAAGAUUCGUGUGAAGCCUGAUAAAACGGGAGUCGUAACGGACGGAGUAAAACAUUCCAUGAAUCCUUUCGACGAAAUCGCAAUCGAAGAGGCAGUUCGAAUGAAAGAAAAAAAAUAUGCCCAAGAAGUGAUUGCAGUCAGUUGUGGCCCAGCACAAUCGCAGGAAACAAUCAGAACUGCUUUGGCCAUGGGAGCUGAUCGUGGAAUUCACGUGGAAGUCUCUGGACCUGAAUACGAAGCUUUGCAGCCAAUUCACGUUUCAAAAAUCCUAGCAAAAUUAGCUCAGGAUGAAAAAGCUGAUAUCGUCAUUGUUGGAAAACAAGCAAUUGAUGACGACUGUAAUCAAACAGCUCAAAUGGUUGCUGGAGUCUUGGACUGGCCAGCUGGAACGUUUUGCAGCAAGAUCGAAGCAAGCCAAGGAGAGUUAACCAUCACCCGCGAAGUCGAUGGAGGACUGGAGGUCAUUAAAGUGAAAACGCCAGCCGUAUUAAGUGCUGAUUUGCGAUUAAAUGAGCCACGAUAUGCAACCCUGCCGAACAUCAUGAAGGCGAAGAAGAAACAAAUUAAGAAAGUAACUCCUAAAGAUUUGGGAAUCGACACUUCUCCCAGAAUAGAAGUUGUUUCCGUGGAGGAGCCUCCAACUAGAAAAGCUGGAUCAAUUGUUCCUGAUGUGGAUACUCUCAUCGCCAAACUCAAGGAAGGUGGCCACGUUAAGUGAUAACAUUUUUUAAAAAUGUAAAAAAUGUAUAGGUAAAUGGAAAAGCUAAAUUGGUCGAUAACACAAGAUUAUAUGAUUGUUACACUUUAUUAAAUAGCGAUAUAAACGGAAUAACAUUUUUGUACAUUUUCAGAGAUAAUAAACUGUACAUUACACAUCGCUACAAAUUUGUACCGCUUGGAGACGAAAAAGUGUCUCGUAAAAAUCAUAUUUUUUAAUAAAAUACUCUCUUAUACGGA